UACACGCAGCCGUUGCCGCAGUGGGCAGGGUCAGGCGUAUGCUAAAGCAGGCGCGCGCGCGCCGGCAAUCGGUUAGCGAUUCCUUUUUCCCAUCGCUUAGCAGAUAAUAUUCUCCAAAUGUUUUUCAAGCGUCGCCGCCAGUGCAAUCUCAAUGUACGAUUUUCUAUUAGUAUAUGCCGAUGCCGGCAACAUGGAGACAUAUAUGAUUUCUGAUUUUGUCAACAAUCUUCCCGCGGUUUUUGCUGGGCUAUGUUUUUUCUCGAUGAGGUCACCGUGAUCAUAUCCCCUGAAAACGCUUUUUAAUGACAAUUUUUCAGCGGGUAUCAGCUGUAUAUUGCGUAAUUAUGGAGCAAGCUAUUGUACUGAUAAGAUCCCGCGUGCGGAUUUAAUUCCCCAAUAAUCAGGGAUUUGUGGAUAUACAUUUUUCCCCCUUCUUAUAUACCAUGUCGUCCGAUCAUAUUACACUGCUACCGGAAGUGCCGCAGCGCCUGGAUAACACCUCGCUGGAUUAUGAUUAUUAUCGUGUUACGCCGCUCUACCACGAUGCCGCGUCGCAGUAUCCGUAUUCCACCGAUGCCCCGGCGGUGUCGCAUAUUUACAUUGCCACACCGGCGGUGGUGGCGGUAUUGGCGGUAUUCUAUGGUUCCAUCAGUCUGCUGGCAUUAUGCGGCAACGGACUGGUCGUGCUCAUUAUCGCCAGCAAUAAACGCAUGCAAUCAGUGACCAAUUUCCUCUUGGCCAAUCUGGCCUCAGCGGAUAUUCUCAUCGCGGUGGCCGCGGUGCCGUUCCAGUUCCAGGCGGCAUUACUGCAGCGAUGGGUGCUGCCGGAUUUUAUGUGUAUCGUUGCGCCUUUUGUGCAAGUCCUGUCCGUGAACGUCAGCAUCCUGACAUUAACGGUAAUAUCCAUUGAGCGCUACCGCGCCCUCCUGUAUCCCUUUAAAGCGCGGAUUACGAAGAGCGCUGCCGGUUAUGCCAUUGCUGUGAUAUGGAUAAUCGCCAUUGUCUGCGCCGCUCCGAUGGCCGUCACCCUGCGGGUGGUUGACCUCGGGGAUGUGGUUAAUGGACCGCGGCCCUUCUGUUUUCCAUCCGGUCUGGCCAUCCCCUUCAACGACUCACUGGCCGCUCAGGAGGAUGCCUGGAUGCGCUCACAGAACCGCUUCAACGGCUACGUGGCGUUCCUGGUGGCCUUGCAGUUUAUUAUACCGCUGACGAUUAUCGGGUUCGCCUAUAUCACCAUUGCCAUGCAUUUAUGGGGCUCCAGUGCCGGGCCGGGUGAGCAGAAUCAGCAGCAUCUCUAUCGGAUCAAACUGCGAAAAAAGGUGAUUAAAAUGCUGAUCCUCGUGGUUGCCCUUUUUGCCAUUUGCUGGCUCCCGUUGCAGACCUACAACCUCCUCACCGUGGCACUUCCGGCCAUCAACGAUUUCAGGUACAUCAAUAUUAUCUGGUUCUGCUGCAAUUUCCUUGCCAUGUCCAAUUCCUGCCAAAAUCCUUUCAUUCUAGGAUUUUAUAAUGAGAAAUUUCGCAGUGAACUGCGUUCCAAGUUCAAAUUGUGUUUCUGCUUACGCCGCUCACAUGCCCGCCGCGCCACAACACUAACACGCACAACAAGGGGCGAAACGGAAGUGGGCGAUCAGACGGUGGGCUUCACCAUUACUCGUAUGGACCGCGUCAAGCAGUCGGGCAAACGCCAUGCCAACCACCACACGCGGAUAUCCGACGAUUCGCCCAUAUACGGCAAUAUUAAGGUCCCUCUCGAUCCGGCAGAUUACUACGACUAAUACUUAUACAUGUUUGAUUUUUUUUCUAUGCAUGCGAUUUUUGUCAAAUGUACAAUUUACUUAUAUGUAACCGACGAAAAUCUCAAUGUCGCGGUGCUCGUUGUCUUAUAUUAUGGUCUUUUUUGUCGGGUUACGGAAUUUGUGGACAGCUUCGAAACUUUUCACGGACGCCAGUAAUAAAGCCUUGGCGAAUCGA